CACCAAACCUGUUUCAAGAUAUGUGUCGUCCUGUCCUAAAACAGUAACUCAACUAAGAAAAGAGUGACAAAACGUCUCCCCCCAAAGACCUUCCAACCGUGGAUGGGGGGAGAGAAGCCUUGGGCUUAGUUGUGUACAGAGAAGAUGGGGAAAGUCUGGAAACUUUUAUUUAUGUGCCUCAACAUUUCACAGGUGCUCAGCUUACGUUGCUUACAGUGCAUUGGCAGUUCUUCCUCCUGCCGUAUGUCCACAAAAAGAUGCCCUGCGUACGAGACAACGUGCAUCUCUCUGGCCUACAGAUCAAAAGAUGGUGUAAACACAGUGAUGAAAGGAUGUUCCUUACCGGUGCUCUGCAACCAAACGUCUGUCAUUGACAUAGGGAGUCAGUCUAUCUAUAUGUCUGCCACAUGCUGUGAGACCGAUUACUGCAACAUUAACCGCUACUCCACUGUUUCUGUAUUUUCCAACCGGUUGCAGUGCUACAUCUGUAAAGAUCCAAACAAAACCUGUAUUUACCCAAAUCUGCAGCCAUUCUUCUGUGACCAAGUUAACAACUGGUGUAUGGAUGUGAUAACUAGGGAGAUUACAAAUGGUAAAGAAACAUCAACAUCCUUUGCAAAAGGUUGUGGCUCGGUGGAUGCAUGUAACACAUUACAGGGCUACAACACAGGGAUCUUUGAGCACUAUACACAAUACAAGUGCUGCAAUAAUGGCGACUUCUGUAACAAUGCACAGGAGUCCGCAGUAUCCAUACUAAAGAACAAUAAUGGAAUCUCCUGCUGGGGCUGCUAUGAGACUGGGAGGAAUGAAUGUGCUGUGGAGAAUCAAAUACCAGUGAAAUGUAAAGGCCUGUUGAUCCGUUGCAUGGAAGUCUUUGAUAAAAACCGUAAAACAGUGAUGAAAGGGUGUAGCACAGUGAGUUACUGCUCUUCUUCCAUUCCAUCCCAUGUCAUACCCAACAUUACAGAGAUACAGUGCUGCGCAGGAAGCUUCUGCAACAACUUCACACGGGAAUUCCCUAUUGAACCCCAGAAAAGCAGUGCCAGAUGCUCAUACACAGACUACAAACUCCUUGUUUUCUUCCUCAGUUUCCUUUAUGCCACAAUAAUGAAAUGUUCCUAAUGACUUCCAGCCCAAGUCUGGGAUUGUUUGUAUAGAAGACUUGUUAUUUAUAAUAACGACGCCAUGAGGAUUUUGUUUUAAAUCCUGACUGAGAAGGAUAACGUCUGGUACUCCCCAAUUUUGGUUCAGUGUUAAUUCCAAGUAGUAGCUGGUCUAGUAGAAUGGAUAUUAGUUAUCUGCACGGAUGGAGUACAGAAGAUACGUCACAAAGGAAUAUGCAGCUACUAUUCUCACUCACAAUAUCCACAGCCUGGUUUUGGGAAUCAGGAAUAUGUAAUAGCACCUUGAUAACGGCCAUUAAUGUUUCCAUAUUUUAUGUUAAUUAAAAAUGCACAAAAUGGAAUGAAACCAAAUUAUAGUUCUGUUAAAGAAAAUGCAAAAACAAAGGUAGGUGCAAAUAUCAUCAUUAAACAUUACACAAUUGUUGGACUACAGAUCGAAUUUUGCCUCAAAUGUAACAACAAAUUUAACCUCAAACAUGAGAUAGGAGCAUAAUUUCUAAAGAUUACUGAAAUUAUAGCAGGUCAUCUUAUAACACUUUUGAGAUUCCCAAUACAUCUCAACAAAGGCAGUCUACUAUGUCCUGCAUGUACAUUUAACUCAACAAUCUUCAUUGCAUCACCUCAAUUAAGUGGCCUUCCGUCCAAUACAUCAACAUAACGAUAUUUAAAUUCAAAAUUUAUAUCAUGAUGCCUGUUGCAUAUAAAGUUGUAAAUCAUUGGAAUUUUAUUUUUGUAUUUCAUAAUAUUGUAUGUUUUGCAAAUUACUCAUACUCAUAUUAAUUGUCUGCUGAAAACUAGCUUGCUGAAUCUGAUUCAAAUAAAGUAUCUGUGUAGGAAUGUCCCUAGGCUUGGGCCUACCCAUAACAGACAUUUUUGUCUCCACCUUUCCCUAUAGCAACAUAAGUAUGACCCAGAUAAAUAACUGUGGAAUUGUUUCUCCACCCUCCUGUAACCUAUACAUAGUUUCUCAACCCUGUAGACUUAGUUACGUAGGUGCUCUUGAAAGAAUUCUCACCGUAACGUGAAUGUCUCGUUUUCAGUGUAGUUCAUACCUCAGAAGCUUCUAGUUUUAAAAAAAAGGGUUUAUUUUAAUCUAAUUCUUUAAUUUGUUGAUGCUCUACAAAUAACUGAUAAUAUAUAUAUAUAUAUAAAUAUUUAUUACAUAGUAUACGUAGAUAUAGAGAGGUAACAAUGUUUCAUGUCAAAGGGAUAUGUAGAAGAGAUGUAGAUAUGAAGAUCACCUAAUCAUUAAAACCAGUUGCCUUUUCAUGUUAUCACUGGUGUCAUUUUUUUAUAUUGCUGUGCCUCAAUAACUAUAUAUUUUCCACACAAAGAGGUUGAAGACAUCUUGCUCGAGUGCGGCAGCACAAUGUAGUUCCUGAGCAGGAUAUGUCCCAUUAGCCAAUAAGGAGCUGUAGAUUGCAGGUAUUUGCCAGUCAUCCUCUGUGUCAGGGUUUCAAUGUAUUACUAAUACUAAGUGGGGCUUGAGCUAUGCGCUUUACCCAUUUGUGGGCAUAGUUAUCAAGUAACACUUUUUAGAGCGCCCCAACUUUUAAUGGAUAGUGCAGGGUGCGCUAUUACAGCAAUAAUUGAACUUGAAUAACAAGUGAUGAGGUAAAUGUUGCACCUGGACGCAUAACAAAAUACUGUGGUUAAAGCCCUUCUUAAGACUUGAAGUAAACUGUUAUUAUUAUUAUUAAUAGCAAAGCACAGAACUACAUGAAAACAUCACUACUUCUGCACCAUCAGUUUAGUGUUUAAGUUAGGACCGCUGCUUCUUAAAGCGAAUGUAAACUUUUAUGAUUGAAUGCCCAGUUUUUAAAAAAACUAUUAGAAACAGGGGCUCUUUCAUUCAUGUAAGUUUACAUUGCUGCAUAUUUUUACAAAUACCUUUCUCCGUCUUCAGCAAAGCUGGAUCGGCGAUCACCCGCCCGCAGUUCCUCUGUACUUACAUCACCAAUGACGAAACCGGCUUCCUCCAAUCAUGGCUUCCCCUCCGAGUCUAUCUCGUGAGGCCAGGCCGUGAUUGGAGGAAGCUGGUUUCGUCAUUGAUGUGUAAGUACAGCAUGAGAAGCGGGCGGGGAAUCGCCAAUCCGGCUUUGCUGAAAAGAAGUGUAUUUGUAAAAAUAUGAUGCAAUGUAAACUUACAUAAAUGAAAGUGCCCCUGUUUUUAAUAGUAUUUUUAAAAACAAGGCACAAAUUCAUGAAAGUUUACAUUCAUUUUAACAUGUUUUCGGCGAGCAGGGAACUACGUACUGUAGGUAGAUUGCAGCAUCCGCUGCUUGGUAAAUCUACCCCAUAAGGUGAGGCGUAUUAUUUGUCAGGCAAUUAAAUCUCAAUCCCUUAUAAGAUAGAUAUUGCCUGUAUUCAAAUAAUACAUAACAUAAUACGAGUAGGGUCCAAGAAAGAGCAACAAAUAUAGAAUAAAAAACCCUUUUAGCUAGGGGAGUUUUGCCAUAUUAAAGGGACAGUAUGCAUCAUUUUUCAUUUAACUGCAUGUAAUAGACACUACUAUAAAGAGAAAUAUGCACAGAUACAGAUGUAAAAAUCCAGUAUAAAACAUUUUAAAAACUUACUUAGAAGCUCCCAGUUUAGCACUGUUGAUGAGGUUAGGCUGGGACACCAAGUGAAUGGGGCUGGGAAAGCAGGAAUAGCAGACACUCCCCCCUUUCCUGCAUAUGAAAAGUCAGAUUACACAAUCAGGAGCCAGCAGGAGUCUGUAAACUAACAUAUAGAUCUGAUACUUUCAGGAUUUGUUUAGGAGUCAGAAAAUCUGCACACUUUUACAAAAACACUCCCAGAUGGGCUGUAUAAAUAGUCUAGUGUACAAUGUCCCUUUAACUGUGGGUCAGAAGAUUGCAAAAGCAAACCAGUCACCAAUGCUAGAAACUAGUAAUUAUUUAUCAUUAGCACCACCUACUGGCCAGUAAAAAGAUAAAAUACAGUAUAUGUGACAGCAGUCUGGAUUAGGUAUGUACAAAGAUAUAUUUUACGUAUGUAAACAGUUAUAUGGCACAGGAUUAUUUUUGGUUCACCACCUGAGUAGCACUUGCUGAUUGGUGGCUAAAUGUAGCCACCAAUCAGCAAGCACUAACCAGGGUUCUGAACCAAAAAUGGUCCGGCUCUUAAACUUUCAUUCCUGCUUUUCAAAUAAAGAAACCAAGAGAAUAAAGAAAAUGUGAUAAUAGGACUAAAUUGAAAAGUUGCUUAAAAUUGCAUGCUCUAUCUGAAUCACGAAAGAAAAAUUCAGGUUUCAUGUCCCUUUAAAAACGCGUAUCUAUUGCUUUAGUUCCAUUUAAAUCUCCUCCCCAUAACAACAGCAAAGGAUUAUAGAAAUAAAAGCUUUAAAUUUAUUUUCAAAUUAAACACUCCAAAAAUAAAGUUUGUACACUGUAUCUUGUGUGUUUAUAUAAAAUAGUAACAUGUCAUAUCUGUUAAAUAAGAUUUGUAAAUAGUUUAGACAUUUCUAAAAUAAAAAGGAAGAUUGGUAGAGAAUGUAUUAGUAUAAACUCCAGUUAUAUUACGUCCUCUUUUUUAAUUUUAUUCUGUAGAACAUCCGAAAUAGGACAGGGCUGCAAGAUGGACCAAAAUGACUGGUUUAUAACAGCAAUGUAAUGAAACAUUCACUGUACACACUCACUUGUUUUUCAAGAUUCUGAAAUGUUCAAAAAAAUGUGUGCUGGGUCAUAGAUAACUAGUACAUUGUAGUAAAUGAAUCAAUUCAGCACAGUUUCAAAGCAAUAUGUGUCAGAGAUACUCCAGGGUUUUCCCUUGUCUGCUUUGCACUUUUGUCAACUGCAUUUUUCAUUGCAGGGAAAUAAAGAGCAAAAAAACAAAAGGUACAUAGUGCUAUAGAAAAAAUAUUAUUAAAGGGAUACUAAACUAAUUUUUUUUUUCCGUGAUUCAAAUAGAGCAUGCAAUUUUAAGCAUCUUUCUAAUUUACUCCUAUUAUCAAAUUUUCUUCGUUCUCUUGCUAUCUUUAUUUGAAAAAGAAGGCAUCUAAGCUAAGGAGCUAGACAAUUUUUGGUUCAUACCCUGGAAAACACUUGUUUAUUGGUGGUGUCCAAUCAGCAAGGACAACCCAGGUUGUGAACCAAAAAUGGGCCGGCUUCUAAACUUACAUUCUUGCUUUUCAAAUAAAGAUAGCAAGAGAAUGAAUAAAAAAUGAUAAUAGGAGUAAAUUAGAAAGUUGAUUAAAAUUGCAUGCUCUAUCUGAAUCAUGAAAUAAUUUUUUUUUGGGGUUCAGUGUCCCUUUAAUAUAAUAAAAGCAUGUAUCUGUAAAGAUAAAUAGAACAUUGCAAAUAGGUUACAGAUAAUUAUCCCUGCAUUAAUGGUUUAAUUCAUACAUUGUGUCACUUUUAUCUGUAUGUCAAUUCAUAUUAAAAUGCAGAUAAUGUAAAUGGCAAUGAACAUAACUUUUAUGAGAGCCAGAUCAUAUUAUUUAUCUAGAUGUAUGCACUAUAAACAACUACUUGAAGGGACACCACACACUAAAUACAUUUAAUAAGCGUAGUAUUGAGGUUAUGCUUCACCUCUUAGUAAUGAGUGCCACAAUUUUGAACUCUGGCUUUCACUGCAUUCCAGUGCUGAUGUAUUUGCACAUGUGCAGCAUUUCUCCUUCAGACAUCUGCAGUGAAACCUAGGUUGUAAAAUUGCAGCACCCGUAAUUAGAGGGAGGUGCAUGAAAUGUUUUUUACAUCUAGAUUACAAUUUGAGCACAAAAUAUUGCUUCUGUGAAAGCAAUAUUUGCACUCACCUUAGUAAUACCUGUGCACGCAAACAAGUGAAGAGAACUAGCGCAGCAAAAGGGGUAAGUCGCGCAGCAAUGAGCAGCAAAUAUAAAUAUAUGUGUAUAUGAAUAUUUACAUAUUUAUGUGUACUGUACAUACACAUAUUAACACAUUACUAUAUAUUUAUAUAUUCAUAUACAUAUAUAUUUACACAGUCCUAAUAGACCGCAAUAUAAAGGUACUUUUCAGUGCCGUUUUUUUUUCUAAAACCCCACACCCUCCACUUUUAACCCCUUAAAACUGCCUCCUGCUGUUAUCUUUUUUUUUUUUUUUUUUUUUUUUAAAAAGCAACAUUUUUAAUUUUUUUAUAAUGCACAUUACUAAAUUUUGGGGGCAAUUUUUUUAAAUUAACCAGAGGUCUGACCUCUGAUUAAUUUUAUAAGCGCUAAUUGCUACCGUGAGCUUGCGGUAGCAAUAACCAGACACUUGUAAUGGCUGGUUAUUUGUUGUGCGUCCAUAAACGGGCGUAUUUGCCCGUUUGCAGGUGCACAAUAAAUUAGCGCUCCGCUUGUAAUCUAGCCCAUAAGGGGCGAUUUAUCAAGUGUCUGGCAGACAUGAUCCGCUGUAGCGUAUCAUGUCUGCCAGAUGUCGAUAAACGCCAACAGCAUACUGCUCUAGCAGGGGGUGUCAAUCAAACUGAUCGUAUACGAUUGGGUGGAUUGCUGUCCGUCGCCUCAGAGGAGGCGGAUGAGUUAGGGGCAGCGGUCUUAAGACCUCUGCUUCUUAACUCCUGUUUCCGGCGAGCCCGAAUGCUAGCACGAAAACGGGUAUACUGCCUCAUUCGAGCCGUGAUAAAUCGGCCCCAUAGUGUUUAAUAUCCCUUUAAACCAUCCUCAUACUCUAGCAUGCAAUCUAUAAAUAGUAUAUGAUGUGACGGCACAAUUAAUCAACUAUUCUAUUUAUGCCUCUCUUGUCUGCCCUUAUAUGCUAAGAACCUCUAAAUCCUAGUAUAGUUUAUAUAUAUAUGUAUAGCUUUGCAUAUGCUGUAUGCUUGUAAGUAAAUGCAUUUUUAUUUAUUAAAGAACAAAUUCUUGCUUUCUGAAUUCUGGCAACAAUAAAGAAUAUAACAAUGUAUUAUUGUUAAUACAUUUAAAUGUUUUAUAUUCAUCUUAUCUCCAUUGUGUACAUUGCUUUAAUAAAGUGAUACUUUAACCCUUAAA